ACGAAAGCCGAUGGAGAGCUUGAAAAAAAAGCGCGGCUCACACAAAUGGAAUACGUUUCGGCACUCAAAUAUAUGCGACCAAGAUCACCGGACUGGCGACCUGUGGUGAUGAGUGCAUCAAUACACAAGCCUGAAACCAUCGAAAAUGUUUCGAAAAUGUUAGACAAAUUUUGGGAUACAGCCGUUAAAACAGGACUACUGAUGGAACGUCGUAACGAACAGCUAACCAAAUGGAUGUGGACUCAUGUUCAGGAUGAAAUAAUGGCCGUCUUCAGAAGGCAUCCUCAAGUUCUCCGAAAGGCGCCGCUAUUAGAAAGCGAUGUGACGAACGGCAAAAUAACGCCUGGUUGGGCAGCAGAAACUUUAUUGCGUGUAUUUUUUGGCUUGUAG